AUGAUCCCAUUAGAGAUCACAUUCAUCAGCCAUUCCUAUCUCGCCUCAUCACUCGCUCUAUUCAUGAACGGUUUUCUUCUAUUCGCUGUAUUGAGGAGAACGCCAAACGAGUUGAGAGCAUAUCGUCUAGUCAUCAGUAAUAUCGUUCUCUGCGAUUUUCUGAUCGCUUUCGGUAAUUUGUGGCUUCAGCCGGUACCGUCAAGUUCGACAAAAGAGGUAACCCGUCCUCCAAACGAUUCCGGUGUCUCCUACGUGAUCAUGGGUCCAGUUGUCUAUUUCAUUCAUCCCGCCAAGAAUCACUUGUUAACGUGCGCAUUCGUCGGGCUCAUUCAAUACAGUCUUAUGGCAGUUCCCCUUUCAUUCGCUUAUCGUUAUUUCCGGAUCUGCCACCCAAAUUUUGCCGACUUAUUUACGAAAUUGAAGACGAUAUUCCCCGUUUUCGUGAUACUUAUUUUGAUAAGUGCGGCGGCGACGGUGUUGAUGUGGAUGGGCGAUAUGCCGAAAUCCGGUCCAGCUGCUGAGGUCUCCUCGUGGUCCGAAUACUACACCCAUCUCGACGACGAUCCGAAUCAACCGCUUUUCGGCAAUCUCAUUCACCUUGACUACCACGUUUACUACACUGAAUACAUAUUUCUUGUCAUGUUCGUCAUCGGGUACUCGAUUUUGAUCGUCUGUGCGAUGCUGAUUGUGAGAGGCCUUCAACACAUGCAACGAAAUCAAACGAUCAGCUCGCGAACAUUGCGAAUGCAGAGACGGCUCACAUAUUGUUUAAUGUGUCAGUCCCUUCUGCCGAUAAUCUUUGGCGGAACACCGAUCGUGAUUAUUGCGGUAACAAUUGGAUUUGGACUCUAUACACAGUUAGUCUCAAGUCUCUCGAUGGCAAUCUGGUCCUAUCAACAAAUCUUUGGUCCACUUCUCACAAUGCUUUUCAUCCCAAGUUAUCGCUAUGGAUCAAGGAGAUGGAAAGAGAAUGCAUCAAAGCUUGUCAAUAACUCGUCUCAUUCAAAAGAAGCGCCUGUGGCCAGUAAAUGGUUGCAGAAGAGGGCCGUGAUCAAAGUGGCUACCAUAACCCGGCGAGAAUCCCAGCCAACCAUAGCCACUUCAGCGUCGAAUCAUCAACGAGAGCGUGCUUCUUCUCUAUUUCCCCGGCCAACAAGUGCCAAGCAACUCAAAUUCAGCGCAAUUCAAAUCAAA